AUGAAGUGCUCACCAGUGGAUGGUUCUAUCUGGGUUCUUGUUUUAGCUACUUCAAGAAGAUCUUCAAUUAUUUCUUCUGUAAAAAGCAAUAGAGCCUUUUUUUCCGUAGAUAUUUCGUUGUAUAAUAACCAACUAUUAGUUACAACGGUGCCAAAUAUUAACUCAAUUGCCACCUUUUUGUACCAAAUCACGGACUUACGAACUGAAGCCCUGAUUUUCCAUGUCGAGAUUAUUGGGAUUUGGAAUAUUAUUGGCUAUAUCUUCAUCGGACGCCACUGGAGAAGAUUACUAUCGCUACUGUCAUCACUUUCUGAUCCAGAAUUGCAGCACAUGUGAAGUGUACAUACUCAAAACUAAAUAUAAAAAGACUUUCUGAAAUAACUCACCAUAAACUAAAAAUAGGUAAGAAUGGAUUGAAAUUGCGCCGUACGAAGUUCUACCUCCAUACAAUCAAAUUCCAAAUGUUUGUAGAAGGAAAUAAAUUCAACUGAACUUACCAAAAUAGUCCUGUUAUUAGCACUAACUGGGUUUAAAUUCAAAGUAAACAAACUGCUAAUCAUGCCGCACUCAUACCCCAAUCGAAGAAUGCCA